AUGGAGUUCAAGAUGUCAAACGGCAUAGCCAUCGUUCACCAACCUGUGUUGCUUAUGUAUCUUCUCGAGAAUCAAGCAUAUGCAGAUGAUUGCGAGCGCCAAGGCGCUUCGAAACCAAACUACACCGUUCUCAGCUGUCGUUCUACGGUUACGCAUCAAGCGGGGGAUGUGACACCAGGCAACGUCCUCGCAACCUUAGUGCCAUUUGAGCGAGAAAUCACUUCCACUACCCGAUCGCCAACAAGCGGCAGUAAGCGUUACCUCUCACAGCAACCAUUGUGCCUCUCCACAGCGCCAUACAGUUUCACCAAAAACCAUUUAGCUCGCGCCAAGACCUACGUACCAGGGCCGUCUCUAUCAACUAUCCGCUCUCUUCAACGCAUGAAAUCUGCUACCCUUUUACGGACGGUGGCUCCGCUCAAUCGAGUGCAGCGUCGGCACAUUACCACUUCCAACUUAUUUUUGUGGCCAAAGACUUGUUUUUCCCAACAUCAUUGCCAACUCAAAUUUCCCAGCAUCCCGACAACAGUCCCUAGCCUUAAACUGAAGCGCAAAAACAUCACUCAUGUUCAUCGACCGCUUCUAAACUACGAAUUGCAAGUGUACAUACAUCUGUAUAUUUUCUGGAAUUUAAGCGUCGAUCUGGAGAAUAUCAUGCUGGCUAGCUUUUGCGAGUAUAAACAAGGCAGCCGAACCCCCUUAUCAUACCUAACAACAACAGGCCAAGCAUGUGAAAUGUGA